GCAGCUGUUGGACACCACAAUAUGUUGUAGCAGAAGAUUCGAGGCAUGGCGUCAGUGAGAACUCUUGUCGAAGCAGUUUCGGAAACGAUAUUCCCUGGCCUGCAUCUUAGCUGCAGCAGAUCGAGGGCAAUAGCUAUAAAGCACGGCGAAGAACUGUUGACCAGCCUGCCGCUACAAGUGGCCGUCUACUUCAAUCUCUUCUACUCUCCCUUGUGGUUGAUAUCCCGCUGCCUCGCCUUCUACAUCAAGUUCCACUACCUGUCGCUCACGCAGCAGACCAUCUCGGCGGCCAUCUUGAUCAUGAUGACAGCCGUGGAACCACCCCGGCUCUACCUGGGCUACGCAGGGAAUCUCGGCGAGGAGAUGCCGGCGCUGGCGGGCUUCUGGCUCCUGAGCCUGCUGCUGCAGCUGCCCCUGCUGGCCUUCCUGGCGCUGGGCGGCGCCCGGCCGCUGCCCCUGGAGCGUGCCGUCGACGUGCCGCUCGCGCUGAUGCUGGCCACGCAGGUGGUCGUGGCCUUCGGCGUCAUCCGCCGGGUGACGCGCAGCCAGGCGCGACGCUUCCUGAGGCAGGCUGCGGGCUCGCGCGACGAUCAGCAUGUCGACUGAUGUGCGUGCGUGCCGCCAGGGAGACCUUUCGGUAUACGUGUGCCCAAGACAAACGCGUGAUGGAACGUUCACAUCGAGGCGUGGUCCGAGCGCGUACGGCUAAUAGUGGUUGUUCUCAGAACUCGUUCCAGCUGGAACUCAAACGCUUUGAAACUGGCAGUACCAGACAGACUCGACUGGGAAUUUCGCGACAAACCUGCGGUCAGCUGAAUAUUUCGCCGAGGGAGUAUCGACGGCCUCGGAAAGGUGUUGGUACUGGGUUCGAUCCCAGCACCAAGACGAAAGUUAUUGCGAUAGCAAAUAUGUGUACACUCGACGGCGAAUUUUUGCCGUUGUCGUCGCCGUGAUGUUCCAUAUAAAGUCCAAGUGCGAUAACGUUGCGGCGUGACAACGAGCUUGUCAAUUUAGUAGGUGAAUGUUUACAGCAGUUGAUGCAGCUGAUAGAAGGGCUAACCUUACUUCGUGUAGUUGUCGAAUAAUUUGGCAUUGAAAUCUAUGCUUCGCCUUACAGGCGAAACUGACGUUUUCUUCAACUGCGAAGCUUCAUUUUCCAUAUGAAAUUCGGAUGGGCUUCCUUUGUAGCUUCGGCAUGGUAGCAGAGGUCCAAGCUUGUUCAAAGUGAUCUCCAAUGAUUUCAACUGGUAGUGCCAGCCAGUUCCGACAGGGAUUUCCACUACGAACCUGUUAGCCACAGUUGGGUAUUUAUUUCAUCACUAAUGGCGGGGUUGUUUCAAACUUCUUUUAGCUGGACCAAAAUUUCAGUGGAAACACUAGCCACUCCCAACUGGGAAUUCUGCAGUCGACGUGUUGGUUAUAGGUGAAUAUUUCACCGAAGGAGUAUGGUAGCAGUGUUUAAACUUGCGCCAGCCAAAUGAUUUGGACUGCCUCCCUGACUGGGAGUUCCGUAAUGAACCUGUUGGUCCCACUGGACUAUUUCAUUGAAGGGGUAUACCAAAAAUAUUAUGCAUUCAUUACUGCAAUCGCCCUACAUAUAGUGCUCGAUAUGGCAUACAAGUUUUUAUUUAAGACCAAACAGAAUUUUUAAAAAUCACCUCUCGCAGAUAGCUUGGUUGUUGCCCUUUAACUGGAUUACCUGAAGUGGCAGACAUUACUCACACAAGAAAUCAAAAUGUAUAAUCAAUCACCAAAAUUCAAUAAUGAACUUUAUUAAUUUACAACAAAGAUUACAAUUUACGAAUUGUAACCAGUAAGUUUGCAAGGUAUAUACACUUAAAGUGACUUCUAAGGAUCGUACAGGUUUCGAGAUAUGUGCCGCAAUUCUUACAGUGAAAGUCCCAUAUUGUUCCACUUACUUUUUUAACAAACCUCCAUUUUGUGCACUGAAGCUUGAAGGGAAUGAAUAUCUUGAAACUGGCGUCAUCCAGAAAUACGCUCCAAGUGGACACACUUCGUGAACUCACCGGCUACAAUUUGGAACGUACAAUAUGUGCUAUAAAGUAAUUAAGUGAAUUGUGUAAUUGUUAAUUAGUCAUUUAUGCAUUUCAAUUUCACGUGCAAGUAAUGUCCACCUCUAAGUCAUGCAGCUCAAUGGCUACAAUUACACUAUUUGUCACAGCGAUGUUUAAAAAGUUCUGUAUAGUAUAAAAAAAUUCCAUUAGAAACAACGUUGAGUUGAUAUUUUUGCAAGUGAUAGCUUUGCAAGCAUACAUCAGCAUAUCUUGUUAUAUAGCAACACAGACAUAUACACAUCCUGCAGCAUAAUUUUCCAGGUCUACGUGAGAAUACGUUUUUGCUUAACUACACAAUGCAUCACCUACAAAAUACUUUACAUAGGACUACAUGCUUUUACUAACAAUAAACUUUCUUUUCCCCUUUUAACUGAAAUCAUGACAAAUUAACUGAUUCAAUAAUACAUUAACCUAACCUAAAGAUCCUGCGAUUCGAGCUGAAAGCCCUGGCGAGCGAUGUUGCGCACCAUUUUGUUUUGCAUGUUCAUCGCCAUUGCAUCUUGAGAUGAAAUUGGGUUGUACCACCACUACCUAGGUGUUGUUGGUUGUACACACUAUUGCAAAUUCGCCAAAAUGUUGGCAAUUCAGUGUCCCAGGAAGUGCAAAUAUGAGAAGACUGCGUGUAGCUAGUUGUGCAAAGCGCGACGUAGCUGCGCUGUAGUGCGGACGCUUGAUUCCUGAAAUUGCAGUGUCAGAAAUGGGUGCAAAGGAGGUUGUGGCACGACUGUAGGCAGUAAGGUCUGACCUCGCGAACAAAUUUCGGUCAAAAGUUUGAGCCUGCCAUUAAUUAACAGCGGCGUUUUUGCUAACCAAAGCAGAUGACCAAGCACACCCCACUGCCUCCUUGUUGCGUUGUGGUUUUGCCUACAGCCAUCACAAGCUGUGGUCAUCAGCUUUCUUAUUCAUGACCAUGAACCCCCUUUUUUGGCAAUAUGCCACAAGGUGGCCUUCUCCAGGGCAAUUAAAGGAUGACGGCCGUUCCAUAACAGUACUAGUCUCAUCUCCAAACCUGCUUUUCAGGUACUUCACUGCCCUUAUCAUGCCCAUCAUGUGGUCCUAUAACACUGUUCAGUUUUCUGUCUGCAACAAUUUCUGUGGAAUAACUAGCUCAUAUAUUCUGUAGGGAGGGGCUGCGGGCCUCGUCAAGCUGCCUCUACUGGAGCAGCUUUUACUUGCAGCCUCCUCCAUCAAGUAGAUGGAAAUAAAGUUAUUCUAUUCUAUAUUCAAAACGACAGCGUGUGGACCAAGGUCACACCAAAUCUCAAAUUAUUUGUACACCUUUAUGUUUCUGUUAUGCAACAUACUGUGCUUUGGUCGUAAAUGCAAGCAGUGCACUGGGGCUGCUGGUGAUAGUCAGGCUUCAUAUUGCUCGGCAGUAGUAAACAGGUCCUGAUCUGCGACACCUUCCAUGUAAUAAUUGCAUCACAUUGUGCAACAUAAAAGUGCGAGACUUAAUGUUAUGCAAAAUUAUGUGAUGCAUAGCUGUCUUUUCUUUUCCCAUGAUGCAAUAUUUUACAAUAGUGAAUUUGAGCAGCGAAAGAAGUGUCUCUAGCCUUUAUAUAUAAUUGCCUGCUAUGUAUGAAGCAGCAUGGUUAAUUUUUUUUUCAGAAAUGAUGAGACAAACUUUACAAUUAGCCCUUUUACAUAGUUCUAUGCACUUAUAAGUUACCUAGACCAUCUCUUGAAGAACUCAGUAUUCCAUCCUUUCCUUGCAUAUCCUCACCAAUAUGCACACACACACUUUCCUGCAGGUGAAACUAGCAGAACUGUCAUGCCACGAACAACCACAUCACAAAGAUCUCAUUCCCAUGAACAUAUCACACACAAAAAAUGUCAACGUUUAUGGUACUCCCUAAUGCGAAAUUUGAGUGCAGCUUUUCAUGUGUUUUCAUUUCGCCAUAUAUUGAGGCAAAUAAUUUGAGACCAAAAUCACCACACCGGCUGGCAGUGGGCCAUUGCAAUCGGUGCAUUCGCAGAGGGAGGGUCAGUAUGGCAACGCUAGCAUGAUGAACGGCAUCGGAGCCAGCUUUGGAGAGAGAGAGAGAGAGAAUGAACUUUUAAUGAGCCCUUAGUAAAGGUUGGUGCGCGCUGGCACCAGACGGGGUGGAACCUUCUCCUCAGGUCCCAUAUGCGUCCAGCAGUUCCUGGACCCCAGCCGCCAGCGCUAGCUGGGUCGGUAAGUUGGGUCCCAUCGCUCAGGGGGGUUGGGGCUGGGGAGGGUAGGGUAGGGUAGGGUAGGGAAGGGUGGGAGGUAGGGAAGCUCAAGAACCAGCUUUGGAAGACGACGCAAGCAGUGGCACAUGCCCAAUCGCCUAGAGUGGGUUGCGCCAUUUCACUAGGGAACAAGAACAUGCGCGUUCACACGGUUACACCGCCGCCGACGCUCAACCCAGGA